AUGGUCAAGUACAUCCUGACGCCGUGGCGGGACAGGGAGGAGCUGCUUCUUGUAAGGCACCAAUUCUAUGCUGCGUCUCCGUCAUGGCUCGGAGAGCACAGCCGUAUGUGGCACCAAGAUACCACUAAGCACGGCGGCUUAAGUGAGGGGGACGAAGAGGGCAAAGAUGAUCUUGGCAACCCUGAAGCAGGAGAGCAGGAGCGGCGGCGGCGUCGGAGGAUGGCGGGCGUGGAGAGGCUCAGACGCAACCAACGACUACAGCUUCAUCAGGCCGUGGCACGGGUGUCGAUGUGGAUGCAGCGCGGCAACUGCCCGCACAUGGUGGAGUCCACGGCCCUGCUUACGGCAGCGGUGUUGAGCGACGAGGAGCUGAUGGUGAACACGAAGGCGACCGGGGUCGACAAUGUGACGGCAUCGUCGGCUUACGCCGUAAGAGCGGCCUACUCAGCAGCGUUCAGCAGAUUCGUCACCGGUUUGUUGGACGGCCACCAAGACAAGCAGCGCAAGCAGAGCAUGUACUCCCUUGCCAGGACCAUUGGUCUACCGGCUACUUUCGUUGAGCUGAGGCACCAGUCGACACAUGAACAGCUACCCUCCCUGGCCAAGCUUCGCUCUGCAGCCAAGAAGGCGCUACGGUGGAUUUGGGGGUACUACUGGAGACACCUGGCCGGUGAUGACCUGCUGUCUGAAACGUGUGAGGAUGCUUUGCUGCGCUACCUGCGGGAAGAAGGGGAUCAUGAUCCUGAUGCCGACAGGAGAAGCCGUCUUGCACUGGAGAGGCGGUGGGACGUCGGCACCCUGCUCAGCUGCCUCUCUCGCCUGCAGGGCACGCUGCCAGGCAACCAGGCAUAUGUUAAAUGCAUGCGACUGUCGCGGGACAUCGUGGAAGCAGAGGAGAAGGAGGAUCAGGAACCGCCCCAGCCAUUCCCUCCGGCCGCUGCCCCAGCAUCGGAUUCCCAGGACGGUGCGUCAGCCACCGGUUGGGCGGUAUACCAGGGAAAUUGGAAACCGAAGCCAAUUGGCGCUGUUAAUAACUACUCUUACCUCAUUAUAGAUGACAAGUCCAAGGAUGCUGUGAUCAUUGACCCAGCAAACCCUCCCGAGGUUGUUCCAGUGCUCAAGGAGGCGAUCAGCUCUGGCAGGAUCAACCUGACUGCCAUUGUCAACACCCACCACCAUUGGGACCAUGCUGGAGGAAACAAGAACCUUCUUGCUGAGCUCGGCACUCCCAACCUGACCAUCAUCGGUGGCAAGGAUUGCGAGGGAGUAACACAGACUCCUAAGCACAACGAAGUUACGAAGUUGGGUGAUAUCAAGGUGACCAACAUCUACACCCCCUGCCACACUCAGGAUAGCAUCUGCUACUUCCUGGAGGAUAGCACUGGCAAGGCCGUGUUCACUGGCGAUACCCUCUUCAUCAGCGGAUGUGGCAAGUUCUUCGAGGGAACAGCCGACCAGAUGCACGAGGCUCUCAACAAGCGCCUCGGAGCCCUCCCCGAUGAGACUGUUGUCUAUCCCGGCCAUGAGUACACCAAGUCUAACGUCAAGUUCACCGUUUCCGUCUCCCAAACCGACGCGAUCAAGAAGCUGCAGGCGUUUGCCGACAACAACCAGGUGACGACCGGCAAGUUCACCAUUGGUGAUGAGAAGGACCCAGAAAUACAGAAGGCAACGGGCGAGACCGACCCGGUCAGCGUCAUGGGCAAGCUCCGUGAGAUGAAGAACAACUUCAACAAGUCCAGAAAGCGGAUGUGCGCCCCCCAGGGCGUGUCACAGAACAAGAUGCCGCCAAAGCGCAAAACCGGGGCCGCAGCCAGCGCACCCAAGGCACCGCCGCGAUCGAAGCUCGCAAAAGAGCACAACAUCUCGGCGCAAGAGGAGGGCGAGAUCAAGGAGGCUUUCAGCCUCUUCGCCGAGCCCAUGGACGGCGAGAAGAACGGAGUCAUCCCGAUUGACGACUUCAAAUCGGCUCUAAUAGCUCUCGGCAUCCCCGCCUCCUCGCCCGCCGAACUCAAGGAGUUCGUCUCCAUUCUCGACCCCGAGUCCGACGGCUUCGCGACGUACGAACCGUUCCUCGCCAUCUGCGCCCUCAAGUUCCACUCACGCGAGGACAACACGGCCGAGGCGCAUCGCCACGAGCUCGAGGAGGCCUUCCGGCUCUUCACCAACGGCCAGGGAGGGCCCAUAACUCUGGCCCACCUCCGCCGCGUCGCCGCCGUGCUCAAGGAGGAUGUGGACGAGGAGGUGCUAAAGGACAUGAUCCUGGAAGCGAACGGCGGGGCGGGUGUUGCGAGAGGGGUAGAGCUGGCGGAAUUUGACGGCGUGAUGAAGAAUGCCGGCGUAUGGAGAUGA